GGCCAUAUUUGCUAGACUCUGCCAGCCUGUCCAGUCGUAGGUUCAUUCAGUUUUGUACAGUGAGUGUGUCGAGUAAGUCAUCUUUCUCCGAGACCUCUCGCUCUCCUUGGUGUAGUACCAGAGACUAGCAGCCUUCAAGAGGAAUCACAUCAAGCCCAAGUUCCAGCGGGACGAACAGCACUCAUCUUAGAAAAAACCAGGAAUCACCCAACAACCAACAAAUCAAAGAUGGCCCUACCAGAGGAAAACCCCGUCUACGGACCCUUCUUCGGAGUCAUGGGAGCAGCUUCUGCUAUCAUUUUCAGCGCCCUCGGAGCCGCCUAUGGCACGGCGAAAUCCGGAACAGGUAUCGCCGCCAUGUCAGUGAUGAGACCUGAGUUGAUCAUGAAGUCCAUCAUCCCCGUUGUCAUGGCUGGUAUCAUUGCCAUCUACGGUCUGGUCGUUGCUGUACUUAUCGCCGGUUCGCUGGAUACUCCAGUGAAAUACUCGCUAUACAAGGGCUUCAUCCAUCUCGGUGCUGGUCUGGCUGUAGGAUUCUCCGGUCUGGCCGCAGGUUUCGCCAUCGGUAUCGUCGGUGAUGCAGGUGUCCGUGGUACUGCCCAGCAGCCCAGACUGUUCGUCGGUAUGAUUCUGAUCCUCAUUUUCGCUGAAGUCUUGGGUCUGUACGGUCUGAUCGUCGCCAUCUACCUGUACACGAAAUAAGCUGCUACAGAGUACACACAGAACGAACAGCAAACAGAUGGUCCAUACACACCCGUAAUCACAUCACCCGUCAAAUCAUCUGUUACCACCAUCAUCGUGCAACCUCGUCACCAUCAAUGGAUAGGAAAAGGAACAACAACAGCGUUUUACCACUCGAGGUACGGAAUUUAGAAAGUAAAAACAGCAACUGCAAACAAGACCAGCAGUGACAAUAUUUACCGAAAAAUCGAAAAGCGACCAAGUUUUUUUUUAGAAAACAUUGUAAAGCAGAAAGUAAUAAAAGUCGCUCAUAAUAUAAGCGCUAAAAUCGUGCGAGAGAGUGGUAUCGAUCAACAUCGUACACCAGAUGCCCCCAGUAAAACUUCCGGAACUAGAACAAAAGACUAUGUAUUUAUGUAAAAUAUUGUAUUUAAUUGUUAAACUUAAUUUAUGUAAAUGUAAAUUUUGUCCCCACAAAAAAAUGGAGAUAAAGGGACAAGAUGCGAGCGAAUGCCGUUUAUGGGUUAUCCGGUUAGAGUAACUGUACAAAACAAGCCCGCAAAUCUAGAUAGUGCACCACACUUCACGAUUUAUAUAUCGCCCAUAUUGGACGUCGAGGUGAGGCCGUACACGCGUAUAUGACUUUCAAAAUAACCCGUAAACCGCUGCGCAUUGAACUCACUUAUCUCAAGUUACAAACAGAAAACGCAUAUAUAUUCGGUUUAGGUUGUUCUGCAAUGAUAAUUAUGGUUUUUGAAUCCACAAAUAAGAUCUUUUCCAGUGGCUUAAACAUCAAACUCGUAUGGCUACGCCUGUCGCCAUCUGAUUGUCAAAUUCUUGCAAUUCGACACCUAGAUGGCGUUGGGCAUCUCUCAUAUGAGAGAAAAAACGGAAAGAGAUUAUCCCUCGAAAUUUUUUGACCAUCUUAAUUAAUGAAACAAAAAAGUUUACGCAAGUCACGAAAGGUUGAGUCUGUGAUAAAAGCUUCCAUCACUAACAAAAGAACAAAUGUCAUCUUGAUCACGAAAAUAGAAAAUCACAUGCUAUAGGGCGAAACGCUUCCCAUCAACUCAACCGAACUCCAUCCACACUCCAGAAGAACUACCAUCUGGGAAUGCGUUUCGUGUGCUCAAACUUGCUUAGGAAAACGUGUUUUUUGUUUUACGUACCGGAAUGUUCCUCCCGCGCGAUGCCGUAUUAUUGAGGCAGACUAUAAAGACGCUAAACAAAAGGCGAAGAAAAACGAUGAACUACAAAACAACAACAGCAACAUUUCACAUUCGCGUUCGUUACAUAUAAUCGUUCAUAAUCAUUGGUAAGAAAGAGAGUAUAUAAGAAAAGGAAAAUCCUACACAAACAACAAAAACCUGUUCUAUAUUCUUAAUGUAAAUGUUCGUAAAUACUUUUGUUUUCUUCGCGUAGGUUGAGUUAAGAAAAAAAAAAAACAAACAUCCUGUAUAUUACAAAUUGUGAUGAUUUAUGAUUGUUUAAUAAGAAAACUAAACUGACUUAUAGAGAAAAAAGACGUUGAAGACCAUCAUCAAGAUUUAGAGCAAAACCACCAAGGAAUCCACGUCCAAAUGGCUAUUUGAAGUGAAAUGUUCUGCCAUCAGCCACCCGCCAUCUGUUGGCUGGUGGCAGCAAUAGAAAGAAAUGUUGAAACCAAAAGACAAAAGACACACACACCGAUACAAAACGACACACACACACACACUAACUGACAGAAAGAUUUGAUGAAACCACCAUCCAACAUCACUCAUCGAUCGCAGUCAAUCAAGAAGAAACUGAAGUUGGUGCAAAUGCUAGCAAAGGUAGCUGCCCCUUCCAAUCGAUUCCGAGCAAAGACCGAUGUCGUUACUGGACCUGGUCCGAUACGUUUUGAUGCUGAAACGUGGAGGUCCCGUCUCACGAGCGACUCUCUGCAAGGGAACUUUUCCGCAAGAAUCCACCCCGUUUAGACCUUUUGUAUAAAUUAACACCUCUUCGCGUCGGACGGGAUGCGAUCCUUGCCGGUAAAGAUGGUCGGGGAGCUAGCUUUCCCCGAGCAUUUGCGCUACUAUCUCGUCUCAAGAGAGAAAAACAAAACAAAAUCGUAAUUAUUAUUGGAGAAAACCACCAUUGAGUAACAUCUACCAAUCAAUCAACCAACCAACCACAACAUCCAACCUAAAACCGGAUAAAAGUUAAAAACUACAAAAACGUGUUUGCCAAGAUCUUGAAAACAUCCCCCUUGUUUUGUUGUGAGGAAGCUUUAAGAUCCUAAAAAUACUUUAAUUGAUAAGUUGAACAAACAAA